CUUCUUAUUACACCCUCAACAACCUUGAUGGAGCUCCAUUUAUAACUCUUCACUUUCCUUGUUCUACUACGACAACUCCACCUUUCCAAUCUCAACCAUUGAUCUAAAUAGAUUGCGGGCCCUCACUCACAUGGACGGUUAAGAGACAGGAGUGAUAGACCACUUCUUAACAUUCAUUGACAAUAAAAAGGCCAAACCUUUUAUUAUACAGGGAAGCUUAUAUUUUUUUAGAACACAAAAGAAAGAAGAAGGAAAGGGAGUUAAAGAAUCAAAUAAAGAAAAUGGGUUGUCAAUCUCUGUUUGUGCUUAGCGUUUUCUUGAUUCUUUCCUUGAAUUGUUGUUCAGUUUCCAGUGAUAAUAUAGCCGAGGAGUGCAGCAGUGAAGUGCAGAAGGUGAUGCCUUGCUUGGACUACGCAAAAGGGAAAAUAGAUACACCACCAAAGGGUUGUUGUAGUGCAGUGAAGGAUAUGAAGGACAGUGACCCAAAAUGUUUAUGUUUUAUAAUGCAACAGACGCAUAAUGGUAGUGCGGAGAUCAAGAGUUUGGGUAUUCAAGAGGCUAAGUUGCUUCAGCUUCCUUCUGCUUGUCAGCUGCAAAAUGCCAGCAUUAGUUUCUGCCCUAAGCUUCUAGGAAUACCUCCCAACUCUCCAGAUGCUGCCAUUUUUACAAAUGCUACAUCAACAUCAACUCCUGCCGCAACCGCAACUCCAGGAACAUCCGCGCCAGACACAUCUAACAAUGAUCGCCCCAAUGGGACUAUGCAUAGGCCUUACUUGGCGAUUGCUACGGCCAUUUUCAUCUACAUUUUCACUGCUGGAUCAGCCUAUAGGUUCUAGACUUUAGGGUCAUGGCCACAAAAUGGGAACAGUAAAAGUGAACCCUGUGCUCUCUUCUUUUGUUUUUUGUUUUUUUUUUUUUUUAUCGUUGUGGUGCUGGUGGUUGCUCAAGACUUCGUCGGAGUUUCUAUGCAUUUUAUUGUAAUCUUGAGUUUGUGACUUCUCUAUGACAUGUUCUUUUUAUCUGAA